AUGAAGGUUCUAGAGGCACAGUCUGCUGUCCUUUCCAACUUUGAGGUCUACCAGCACGUCGUCGAUCUCAAGAAGCGUAACAAGCAGGCUCGUCGUCGUGGCCCCCCCAACUAUGAGACCGUCGUCAAAGAGCUUCGAGACUGGCUCGAGGUCCCUCCCAGCCCCAUGGGUCAGAAACCCAUGCCCUACAACGCCACCAGCAUCCCGACUCUGCUGGAGCGCCUACGCCCAUAUGAUCUGUCCAAGGGCGAGGUGGUCAUGGUUCUCAACCUCCGUCCCGCCUCUGUAGCCGCCCUCAACACCGUCGUCGAAGACAUGGCUGAGCGCUUUACCGAAGAGCAGCAGGAGGAGCUGGUGGCCAUUGUGGCUAGCCUUCUGGGGCAAUUCCCCCCUCCUCCAGAGGAGGGAGAGGGCGCCAACAGGGAGGAUGCCACUAUGGAAGAUGCCGCCGCAGCCGCCGCCGCAGCUGCGUCCUGA